CAGGAAAUCCCCUUCCUUGUUCCGCAGAGAGGCUGCUGAUGCUCGCUGCAGAAAAGGAGGCGACAUGAUGCUCUCCAUCCCCGCCGCUGCUCUCUCUGUCCUGCUAGCCUGCAUCCACACCAGCUAUGCUCUCUACUUCCACAUCGGAGAGACAGAGAAAAAAUGCUUCGUAGAAGAGAUUCCCGAUGAGACCAUGGUCAUCGGAAAGUACCGGACUCAGCUGUGGGACAAGCAGACCAGCUCCUUCCUUCCCUCCACCCCGGGCCUCGGGAUGCACGUGGAGAUCAAGGAUCCGGACACAAAGAUCAUCCUGUCUCGUCAGUACGGCUCAGAGGGACGCUUCACCUUCACCUCCCACACCCCUGGAGAGCAUCAGAUCUGUUUGCACUCCAAUUCCACCAAGAUGGCUCUGUUUGCUGGCGGGAAGCUGAGGGUCCAUCUGGACAUCCAGGUUGGAGAACACACCAACAACUACCCUGAAAUCGCUGCAAAGGACAAACUGACGGAGCUGGAGCUGCGAGUGCGGCAGCUGCUGGACCAGGUGGAGCAGAUCCAGAAGGAGCAGAACUACCAGAGGUACCGGGAGGAGAGGUUCCGCAUGACCAGCGAGAGCACCAACCAGCGCGUCCUCUGGUGGUCCAUCGCUCAGACCUUCAUCCUCAUCGUCACGGGGAUCUGGCAGAUGAGGCACCUGAAAAGCUUCUUUGAGGCCAAGAAGCUGGUUUAGGAUCUUCUGGGAGAUUUGGACUGAACAGAUGAGCAGAAACAUCUGGGAGGAGAUCCGGUUUCCAGCCAGAGGCCUGAAAAGGAAGCUUCUCCUUUUCACCCGUUUAUUUGGGACCCAGCGGACAUUUUUCUGUUCAUUAUGUGGUUUUUAAUGUCUGUGGAAAAACUCAGUAGCCAAGUUUCCAUUUGGUGAAUCCGUUUUUAUUUUUCAGCUCAUUUCUGAUCCUGUUCUGUAGGUUAUUGAUGCUGCAGGUCGGUUUGCCGUUAAUGGAUGUUCUGCUCCAUCUUGUUCAUGUUUAAAGCAGCAGAAUAGCUUUAAAACACGAACCUGUGAGAUAACCAGGCCACCGUAGACUGGCACCCGGCGUCCUCGUCCUGCAGACCGUCCAGAGGAACACGCCGGGUUCUGAUGGUGGGGUCUGCAGACGCGUCCCAUCACCGUCACUCUGCUUCUUUACGGCGCCUCUUAUCUGUGCAGGUCUCAGUUCUGAUGACCAAUCAGGGAGCAGCAUCCAGCUCAGAGGGGGUGGGGCCCAGUUUAGCUUCAUAGAAGUCAGAGUUAUGUGCAGAUGGAGCUGCAGUAACUGAACCUGUCUGAACCGUUGGAUAUUUGCUUUGUCCUCAACUUCUUCCUGAUGGUUUUAUUUUCCAGGAAUGUCUCUGAUCUGCUGCUUUAAAGCGAUUCAGGAACGUCGAUCCGUGAUCCGCUUCAUCCCAGUCCUCCUGUUAGGGGUCAUAAUGUUUCGCCUGGUUCCACAUGAUACAUUAGCCUGUUAGCAUGCUAACAGGAAGUGCUUUUAAAACAUUUUCCUUCAGGAACUUUUCAGAUUUACCACCCGUGUUUAUAAAUAUGUUAGUUUGUGUUUCAUUUAUUCAGUUUCUAGUAAAAAUUAAAGUUUUAUAAAAACCUUAAAGCCUGAAUAUUUGAAGGCUAGAAAACGGAUUCUUCUACUUUAUUCAGUUUUUUCUGAUGGUUCAAACAGAACUACAGGAUCAAAGUUUUGUUUCUAGAAAAUUAUUUUUUAAAUUUGAAAAAAGUGCAGCUUGUGAACAUAAGUAAAUUUUCUCUUUAGUUUCUGUAUUUAAGUGUCUGAAAUCCUUGAAUGGAUUCGAACCUUCGUCUUUGUUUAGGAUCGAUGUUACCGACUGUUUCCUGCUGGUCUUUACCGGCUGAAUCUCACAGUUCAAUCUUAUUUAUUUAAAACUUACAGAAUGUUUAUUUUUAUGUGUUUUUUUUAUUUAUUUUUUGUGGACGUGAGGCAAAUAUUUUCUGUUUGAAAUUUUUGAACCUGAACUGUUUAUUAAAACCAACUUUGUCUCAGAAAA